UGUCAGCUUUCCUCACAACGGAGAGCUCAGACUCAGAUGUUGAUAAAAUAAUCUUAUAAUAUUCAUACACCAGACAGUUGAGUAUCUAGAGUACAGUAUGCACAGUGUGUAGUGUGUCAUUUAGGAUUUUAUUUGGAUAUAAAUUCAAUCCAAUCAAUGGCCAUUUAGUUUUUAUUAAUGAAUCUAAAUGAAACCGUCUAAUGGUCAGCAAAUGAACUUAAUAAACGUUGAAGCUUGAGCAGCAAAUCAGCAUAUUAGUAUGAUUUUUUUUUUCAGAUAGCGAGCAGGACAAACAACUAUGACUGGGAUUGUCAUACACUGUAAAACCCGACAAGUUCACUUAACUCAAAAAAAUUGUUGAAACAUUACAUCGAAAAUUUUAAGUCAAAUUAACUAAAUAUUUUUUAGUUCAAUAAAAUAUAUAUUUUUAAGUGUCUGUUACCAUCACUGUAUACCCUAUUAAGUAGGGCUGUAGUACUCGAGUCCGGUCUUGGACUCGAGUCCGGACUAGAGACAUUUUUCUGUCGUCUCAGACUUGUCUCGGACUUGUUAUAUUUGCACUCGGACUUGUCUCGGACUUGGCCAUUGGACUCGCCAAGUCUUCUAGUUGGUCUCGACCGAGUCCAGCAAAAAAAAAAAAAAAAAAAAAAAUCUCCUUCAAAACAAAAACACAUUUGCAUGAUUUCGUGACUGAAAACGUGUGGAAAACGCUAGGCUCGCCGCUCUCCUUUUUUCCAAAGCACUCUGUAAUCUGCGCUCACGCUCCAGUGGCGUCUGGUGUUGCUGGGGUACCAUGACUCGCUCUUCAUGAUGACGCAGAAGUUUAAGCAAAGAAUAAAUGGAUUUCCAGCACUAAACAUCCCUUGUAGUAGCUCUGCUAAUAUAUUUAUUUACAAAAUGGCUAUCCUUGUACAGCUAUGAUCGUCUGUUUCUCCAUCUUGCCUUAGCUUUCAGUAUUGUUCCGGGAAAGGAUGUGCAUGACCAGCGGUGCACUUGCUGCGACCUGAAAAGUUUAGAUGUUUCUAAUUUAAUUUUCUACCUGUUGGAUUGUGUUUUAUUUACGUCUACACCCAGAUAGCCUAAAAUGUACCCUUUACAAUAAUGAAAUACUAAUUAUUGUUGUACAGUAUAGGGGUUGCAAGACUACUGAUUUCUGCUAGUAGAUUUUUUUAAGAAAAAAAAUGCUUGAGUAACUCGACUACUCGUGGUUCAUGCUAUUGUAAAUGAAAACACAUUAAUUUUUUUUUUUUAUCAAUCAACACAUUUAUGUAUAGUCUUAUGUAACAAUUACAUAUGUAAAUUUUAAAAACUUUAUAAUUAUGAAAUUACAUAUUAAAAUUUUCAUGUAACAGCCAGUAUUUGUAUCUGUUACAAUCACAACACUUUUCCUAUCUGCAUUCGGAUACAACAUCAUACAGUUACUUGAUAAGACCCUUGUGACUUUUUUUUUUGUAGUUAUCACUGAACAAGUAUGUCGUGUUAAACUAAAAUAAUUAUAAAUUUUUAAAAUAAUAUUUAUCAUGCAAGCAGAGAGAUGUCAUGACAAACGUUAAGUGAUUAUUUUAACACGACUGGAUCCAUUCAAUGCGCACAUUUUCAUUACGCAGAGCUCUUUAAGCGAGUCUUAAUGUUAAUGAACUUCACUUAACAGUUGUGUGUGCCGCGCAAACCAGCAAAAGGUAAAGAUGCAAACAUGUAGGACAAGUAGACAAUGUAUCAGUAUCUAAGCUGAUUAUUAGCCUACUCUUGAACUGAUUUGGUUUUUGAGAGACUGAGACGCGCAAUGCAGCUGUUUGAUUGGUGAGCGCGCUGUGCUUAUUAAUUCGUUUCACAUCGUAGCCUAAGCUUUAAAUCGUUGCCUUUUAAAUAUAUACAAAUACUAUAACGUGUAUGAUGUAUUAUUAUAGGUAAAAUUACUCUUGCAACGCUCGGAUUUCUGAGAGAUGCACAGAGAGGCGACAACAAUGCGGUGUUUGAUUUGCGCUCUUUUCAUUCGUAAAGUUUACAUUCAUUCACUUCUGGCGCUGAUCCCCUGGCUCAUGUUAUCUAGCAAACUCCAGAUUGUGUCAGCUUCAGUCGAGUAUUCAGGCAGAAUUAUUCCUUGUCCGUUUUUCGUUUUUUAAGCCAUUAACCUUGCCAUUCCGAAUAAGGUAUUCGGCUUCAGGCACAACCCUAAUUAUUACAUAUUUUAUUUUUACAUGUAACAUAGAUAAGGUCAUCUAGUAACAGCUCCACACAAUAUUGUAAUUCUAAAAUUCACAUCGUACUUGCCAACACUUUGUAUGCAUUAUAGUUAAUACAUGCUGGAGUAGUCGAUUGUUUCCGACAGUGCUCGACUAGUCUAUGCAAGCACUAGCACAGUAUGACAAAAACGUCGCUGUAUUUAUGUGCGCAUGCCCAGUAGAGCCAAACGUAUGCCUUCUAGCUUUGCUGCGCGCAUUUGUCAUAUCCAGAGCUUUGCGUGUGUCUGUGCACUGUGCCAAGGCAUCAGUCAUAUAUAUUUUUGACCACAGACAUGUCAGCAAAAGCAGCAUUAUAAAGUAAAUAAAAUGAAAAUAAAGUACAUACAAAUUAUUUGACCUUACAGCUCCAAACUCUGUUCUAGAGGGCCAGUGUCCUUUAUAGUUUAGCUCCCAGGGUCGGACUGGGGGUAAAACCACUACUGAUUACCAGGCCCCAAAGGAAGAGAGGGCCCUUGAAUCUGAAAUAUAUUUUAUUUUACCUGGAUAUUUUCAUCAGUGGGGGGCAUGGGGGCCAAUCAGGACUGCCUAAGCAUAGGGCCGGGGAUCUUGUGAAACGCCCCUGUUAGCUUUAACUCUAAUUAUACACACUUGAACCUAAUCAAGCUCUUACUAGACACACUAAUCUUCCAGGUGUGUUAAGGCCAGUUGGAGCUAAACUUUUCAGGACAUUUGCCAUCCAGGAUGUAGUUUGGAGACCCCUGUCCUACAGAGUUUUUACUUUGCACAUGCUUUUUGAUCAUUACAAAUAAUAAUGUCAAAUUAUUUUCUUAGAAUAAGAGAUAUGCUGUCUCUCGCAUCACAUACAUUAUCAGUAGUUAAGUGUGUGGUCUUGAAGAAGACCCUUUUUUCUCUCAUUUGGACUCGUUCUUGACUUGGACUCGAAAAUUUUGGACUUGGACUUGACUUGGACUCGAACCUCUUUGGACUCGGUCUCGACUAGUCCUGGACUUGGACUUGACUACAGCUCUACUAUUAAGUCCACAGAACUCUUAAGUUUAAAAAUUACAUUACAUUAAAAAUUACAUUUCUAGUUGCCUUCAAUUAUUUGUUAUCUUAUAAAUAUUGAUUUUUCUUAACUUAUAAUAAGAGAGUACUUCUCUCAAAAUUUUCCCUAUUUUUCAACUUAUAUAAUGUAGGAAAUACCCUCAAAUACAGUCUACUGUUGUCCAUCCUAAACCUAACCACAGGCUCUACUCUUCACCACAACGGUAACACUACAAAAACAACAUAAUAGAAACCUUUGUAAGUUCUGACAUAACACAACAUGUAAGUACUAACUUAAGUCCCUCUAUGUUAAUCUAGUGUAAAAACACAAAAUAACACUUAAUUUCUACAUUUAUUUUCCUUGUUUUCUGAUGCAAAGCAUGCUGGGAACUUGAAAACGCAAUCAAGUCCAACGAACCUUCAUUAUUAUUUGAGUGCAAUUAACUAAUUUCAUUUGAUUAAUUUCAGUGUUCGGUUUUACAGUGCAUAACAUUAUAAUGAGGACACUAUUAUAAUAAAAACGCUGUGAAUGUUUAGAGUUUAGUUGUCUUGUUUCUGCUCGUUGUUGUGUUGAAGAUCGCUUCCACAAAAGGAGUUCAUUCAUUCGUCUGAAAAUACGCUCAAGUGCGCCACACGCUGUUUUCUGAAGGAAUUUACAGACUGCGGGACCGACGUCGCUGUGUGAUUGGCUGACAGAGUGAUCCUUCCUCAUUAUUUUACCUCACGAUGACGGUAAGAUAAUUUUUCUUUGUUUUAUGAUUGUUUAGUACAACUAAUUUACUGCUACUGAAUAAGUGUUUAUCCUAGAAUCGGACAGUCACUUUUAUUAUAAUCUUGGUCUUUCAAUAGUUGUUGUUUUUUUUUAUCUUAUGAUGCUAGCUCACUAUCGGAUUGUUAGUUAGUUAUUUAACCAUCUAACGUAAUUCUGAGAAAAAAGCUAGCGUUGCAUCCAUUCUAAAUUAAACAAAUAAUUUUAAAUCUAUAGCCAUAACUGCUCAUAAACAGUGUUAAUUUAAUUAAGGACAUUAUUACUGAUGAAAAUGUUAAUCAGGUGAAGGCUUUUUUUGUAUCAAAGAUGACAAAGCAGGGUUGCUAAUUCUCACAAAUUAUGCAUGAGACACAGAUGCAUUGAUUUUUACACCGAAGACAAACAUGCAGAUCAACUGUUUUUGUUAUGAAUUGUAUCCUAUUUUCUGUUAUUAUGUAUAGCCUAAUAAAAUUAGUGUAGUAUUUAAGGUUAAAUGGAGAAAAGGGUUUUAAAUUCAAUGCAAAGAGGCAAAUUAAAGUCAUUUUGUGGCAUUUGUUUACCCACUCUAAUAAAUAUACAUCUAUGUACCGUAUUUUUCAGACUAUGAGUCCAAAAAUACGUCAUGAUGAGGAAAAAAACAUAUACGAUAUGGACAAGGGAAAGAAGAGAAGAGCCAUCACUGACUUUUUUGAAGGCAUACAGCCUAAGAGGAGCCUCAUCGGUAAAACGCUUAACCAGGACACUCAAACAGCACAGCACUUACAUUUAUCACCCAGGCUACAAGAAAAACUACCAGACCUGCCCCAAUCCAGGACAAACCCCAAUACAGACAGACCAGCCCCAAUCAGAGCAGACCAGACAGACCAGCUCCAAUCCAGGACAACAUUAGUCAGCACAUCCACAACAAACUGUUCACAUCCAGCCCAGUCCAUGAGCACAGCUUUGUCCCUGCUUACUAGUACAAACAGGGUAAUACACUUCAGCAAGCAACAGCUUGAGGCAUGGACACAGCAGUACCCCCAUUGGCUCCACUUACAUGGAAAUAAUGUAGGAUGCACAUUCUGCAAAUAUGCCUUUGUGGCUUUAGGAUGCACAUUCUGCAAAUAUGCCUUUGUGGCAAAAGUGCCUUUGUGGAGUUCAAAAGGGAGUACAGGUGGCAGAGGAGUGGGCUUCUGGAGAGGUCACAGCAAAAGAUGUCAAGGCCAUGAGAAAGAAAAUCUACAAACACAGAGACAGCUUAACUCACAAGGCAUCAACAGAUAUUCAACAGCAGAAAGAGAAAGAGGUGUUGCCCACCUUGACAGAAACUUUGAAUGCUAAAGUUCUGUUGGAGACCUUCUCAAAAAUGUAUGGAUUGGUUGAGUUACAAGAAAUGAAUGGAGUAAAAACCGUCUCUUGUCACAAAUCUGAUCACUCUUGGAUUAAUAUAAUAACACACAUUGCCAAUAAAAUGAGGAAAAAAAUUGUCUCAACAAUUAAAAGUGCUGGCUCUUGGAUCUGUCUUACAGUAGAUGAAAGCACUGCAUUUGGGAGAAGCUACCUCAUCCUAUACCUCAGAGGAGAUGUGACAGGAGAAGGUGAGACAGAAAACAUUUUUUGGGAUUUGAUUGAGCUGGAGGAAGGAACAACUGCUGAUGCCAUAUACAAAGCUCUCAAAAAGAGUCUCCUGGAAGCUGACCUGGAUGAUGCAUACCUCAAGUCUCAUCUGAUCUGCAUAACAACAGAUAGGGCAUCUGUGAUGACUGGAAGACAGAGUGGUCUUAUCACAAGGCUGAAAAAAGACUAUCCUUUGCUGGAGAGUAUCCACUGUCUUGCUCACAGGCUUGAGUUAUCAGUAAGUGAUGCACUAAAGUCAGUCACAGGUUGCAAUCACUUUGAGAUAUUUAUUUCAAAGCUGUAUACACUGUACCAUCAAUCCCCAAAGAAUGCCAGACAACUUUCAGAGGCAGCUUCUCAAGUUAACAUCUGCCUACUUAAGAUUGGUCACAUUUUUACCAUCCGCUGGGUAGCAAGUAGUUUUGUGACUUUACAAGCUGUUCGGAGAGACUUCCCUGCUCUGGUUGCACAAAUGAAAAAAGGAGCUGAAGAUGGAUCUCGCUCUGAUAUAGAAAGAAAAAAAUUCAGUGGCCUUCUGAAUCGCCUCACAUGCAUUGGCUUUGUUAAUGACCUGGCAACCAUUAAAGAUGUGCUACGUGAACUUCACAGUCUGUCCCUAAAACUUCAGAAAAGAAGCACUUCUUUUAUGGAGGCCACACGAGAAAUAAAGAUGACAAUUGAGGUGUUGAAGGCUUUCAAGAUCACCCCAGGGAAGUCAAUGGAGAAAGCAGCGGAAGCUGUUCAAGUAGGAGAAUUCAAACAAGUGCCCUUACGUUCAAGCAAGGAAAAUGUAAAUCGAUUCCUAUUCCUCCAAGCCAUCAUCAACAGUCUCUCUUCACGAAUGCCUGACACAAAUCUUACAAAGAUUAUAACACCACUGGAUCCCCUAAACUGGCCAAAAUCCAGGGAGUCUCUUGUUCUCUUCGGGGAGAAAGAGAUCCACGACCUGGCAAAGAUGCUUGAAGUACCAAGUAGGGAGGCAGUUGAGGACUUCAGAAAUUGGAAGCUCAACAAUGAUCAGAAUGGGAAGGUCCUCAAAAAGGGUUUCUCGACAAACGAUUGAUCUGAGAGUUUAAGAACGUUUUCUGAGAGUCAUUUUUACGAUCUUUCGUUAUUGAUUCACGUGUGUUUCCCAGAAAUGCACUGAACACAAUCUCAGUAUCUGUGCUUUAAGAGCUGCUUAGAGUCGCUGUCCGUUUGUCAAGUGCUGAAAUCUCAUCUUAUAGAGUGACUCGUGAUUGUAGCACACGCUCGUUUACUGAAAUGUUCAUCUAAUGCUGUGUUCAGACUCUGUCAGCAGAUUGUCAUUUGACUGACAGCUUCUGAUCAAUGUGGAAGCAGCCAAAUAUCUCCAAAUGAAAGAAAACUCGGGUUUAUCUUUGCAACAAUACCCUUCACAAGCUGUUCAGAUGAAGAAAAAAAGAGGAUAAAACUCCAGAAGAAGAACAUAGAUUCAGUUCACAUUAAGAGGAGCAUCCAGCAGUUCCAGCAGGACAUACAGAAGAUAAAAAAAAACAAUUGAUCUGUGAUACCAUACUCUCACACACCAUGGACCAGUUCUCCUUCACAAACACCUUGUUAGUGUCACUGUGCUUCAAGCAGACAGGUUUGAACAGGACACAAUGGUGUUUCCUGAAGAUGCACUGAGCAGGACUUUGAAGGUCUAUCCAGAGCUCAGUGAGAGUAAGCUGAAGACAGAGCUUAGUCUCAUCUACUGCAAGGAAGAGUUCAGAAGCUCUCGUGCUGCUGUGGACCUUCUCCAGCUGUUUAUGGAGAACAAUCUUGAACAAGAUCCUCAUCAGCACACCCAUGACCACAGCAAAAGUGAUCUGAGAGCUGCUUCUCAAGCUUGAAAAGAAUGAAGACUUCUCUGAGAAACAGCAGGACCCAGGAGAGGCUGAAUGCAUUGUUCAUGCUGUCAAUGGAGAAAAGACUGGGACUGAGAUGAUGAUUUCAACCAGAAAGAAAACCAGGGAGAAAUCUGAAAACCAGAAAGAAAGGAGAAAAACUGCUACUGGCCAGUGAUUAGGCAACUUCACUGUGUGUGUGUGUGUGUGUCUGUGUGCGUGUGUGCGCGUGUGUGUGUGUGUGUUUAAUGAUUACCUUGAUUACUGAACUCAUGCUGAUAAUACUACUAUAAAACUGAUACUGAUGAUAAAACUACUGCUGAUAAUAAACCCAAACUGAACUCCAAUUCACUGAUUAAUAGUACAUUUAUUGCAUUCUUUAACAGUUGACUUUAACAUUUUUAAUAUUUUAUCUAGCAGUAAUGAUACAUAAUCACCUGAUAUAUGGCUAUUUACAGUCCUGCAUUACUAACAGUUUAGUUUUUCAGCUUGUUUGCACACCCACAAAAGUGUUUAUAAUCGUUUAUAAUAUUCAGGAGAAAGUCUGUGAAAUGAGGGACAGAAACUGAAAAGAAGAGAGGAUUUGUUCUCUCUUAGAAUAGGACACACUGGACUGAUUCAGACACUGUUCAAAACAGACGAACAUCAACAGGUUUGAAUAAAAACUGAGGAAACAGA